AGUUGAGUUCCUAAGAUUUGGCUGCACACUACAGAAACAUCGAGUUCUCUCUAUAAAUAUAUUAGAAUCAUUUUGUCUUAGAACUUUGCAGUACUCUUGUUACUAAAAGGAUCGAGCUUGAACAGAUAUUAUCGUUAUAGUUCAUCACAUAAAUAUAUUCUCAACUAUGGGGGUGAAUAUAACAUCAAUAAAGACCUCCUCCAACGGAGUAUGGCAAGGCGAUAAUCCUCUGGAUUUCGCAUUUCCGCUGUUGAUAGUUCAAACCACUCUCAUCCUCGUCGUUAGCCGCUUCCUCGCGUUCCUUCUCAAACCUCUUCGCCAACCCAAAGUCAUUGCAGAGAUUGUUGGAGGAAUAAUACUAGGACCAUCAGCUCUGGGGAGGCAGCAAGACUACAUGCACAGGCUGUUUCCAAAAUGGAGCACUCCAAUUCUCGAGUCAGUGGCCAGUAUUGGCUUACUAUUUUUCCUCUUCCUAGUAGGCCUCGAGCUUGAUCUAAGCUCGAUCCGUCGCAGCGGCAAACGAGCCAUUUUCAUUGCCGCUGCAGGAAUCUCCCUCCCCUUCACCCUCGGCAUAGGCGUGGCCUUCCUUCUCCGCAAAACAAUAGAAGGCGCCGACAAAGUCGGAGUCGCUCAGUACAUUGUUUUCAUGGGCGUGGCUCUGUCAAUCACCGCGUUUCCUGUCCUAGCCCGAAUCCUAGCCGAGCUCAAGCUGCUGACUACCCGAGUAGGCGAAACCGCGAUGGCUGCAGCCGCCUUCAACGACGUCGUGGCCUGGAUCCUGCUGGCCCUAGCUGUGGCCUUAGCAGGGAGCGGAACCCCUGGCGGGCCUCAAAAGAGCCCCCUCAUUUCAGUGUGGGUGCUUCUGUCCGGGGUCGCAUUCGUGGCCUUUAUGAUGCUUGUCAUUAGGCCUGCAAUGAAAUGGGUCGCGACGAGGUGCUCACCCGAGAGUGACAUCGUCGACGAGGCCUAUAUAUGCUUGACUCUGGCUGGAGUUCUGGUGUCAGGUUUUAUGACAGAUUUUAUAGGGAUUCAUUCGAUAUUCGGAGGCUUUGUCUUCGGCUUAACAAUCCCUAAAGGAGAAUUUGCCCAAAGAUUGAUAGAAAGGAUUGAAGAUUUUAUAUCAGGCUUGUUGCUUCCGUUGUAUUUUGCAUCAAGUGGCCUAAAAACCGAUGUGUCCAAGAUCCGAGGAGCCGAGGCUUGGGGAUUGUUGGUGCUGAUUAUUUCAACAGCCUGUGCCGGGAAAAUAAUAGGCACGUUCGCUGUGGCAAUGAUGUGCAGCAUUUCGGCCAGGGAAUCGCUUACAUUAGGCUUUCUAAUGAAUACUAAAGGACUUGUGGAGCUUAUUGUUCUUAACAUCGGCAAAGAGAAGAAGGUUCUGAAUGAUGAAGUGUUUGCUAUAUUAGUACUUAUGGCACUUUUUACUACUUUCAUUACAACUCCAACGGUGAUGGCUAUUUAUAAACCUGCUCGUGGCGUCUCCACUCACCGGCGUUUAGAGUCUAUACCAGACAGUGCUAAGGACGAGCUUCGGGUUCUGGCGUGUGUUCAUGGUCCUGGGAACAUACCCUCGCUCAUAAAUCUCAUCGAGACGACUCGUUCCACCAAGAAGUCUCAGCUCAAGCUUUAUAUUAUGCACCUUGUGGAAUUGACGGAGAGGUCAUCUUCGAUAAUGAUGGUUCAGAGGUUCCGUAAGAAUGGAUUUCCCUUUCUAAAUCGGUUUGGACAGGGUGGGAUGCACGAUCGGGUUGCUGUCGGGUUUCAGGCCUAUGGCCAGCUUGGACAUGUCAGUGUUCGGACCACGACUGCUAUAUCAGCUUUGUCGACAAUGCACGAGGAUAUCUGUCACGUGGCGGAAAGGAAGAGAGUGCCCAUGAUCCUGUUGCCUUUUCACAAACAGUGGAGAAAAAUAAACGAAGAUGAGGUGGAGAAAGUUGGUCACGGAUGGAGAGCCGUGAAUCAGAGGGUUCUCAAGAAUGCCCCCUGUUCGGUGGCUGUGCUGGUGGACCGAGGACUCGGGGGAUCUCAGCAGACACCAGGACCUACAGCCACCGUGGCGCAGAGAGUUUGUCUGAUUUUCUUUGGUGGACCGGAUGACAGGGAGGCUUUACAACUGAGUGGCAGAAUGGCUGAGCAUCCUGCGGUUAAAGUCACUGUCAUAAGGUUCCUCGCGAAAGAAGGGGCAGCAGCAGCGAACGCAGUUGUUGUGUUGAAGCCAUCAUCAACCAAAUCCAGAGAUAACAGCUAUACUUUCACAACAGCAGAAGUGAAUCCUGAGAGGGAGAAGGAGCUAGACGACGAAGCAAUGACAGGUUUCCGACAGAGAUGGGAGGGUAUGGUAGACUAUAAGGAGAAAACUGCUAACAACAUUGUGGAGAGCGUGGUGGGAAUCGGACGGAGUGGUGAGUACGAGCUUAUAGUGAUCGGCAAAGGAAGAUGCCCCUCGAAUAUGGUUGCAGAAGUUGCAGACAGGCAGGCCGAGCACCCGGAACUUGGCCCUAUUGGGGAUGUGUUGGCCUCCUCUGGCAAAGGUAUUCUGUCUUCAGUGGUGGUGAUCCAGCAACAUGAUGUAGCUCAUGUAGAGGAAACUCCAGUGUCAAAGAUUGUGAUAAGUCAGGAGGUUUAACUCAUCUACUUUUAGAUAAACAGUGACUCAAAAUAAUUGUGAAUUUGUGAUGCACACAAGUUCACAAAAAUAGAAAACACAACAUUAUAUAGUUUUGUAAUAAAUUACAAUCAUUUAUAAUGUUUGUCUUUUAAAAAGAAGACGUAGUAAAUUCGAAAUUUAUA